GCUUAAUGAAGCAGACAACAAAAGCAGCGGGUAUAUAUAGAUGUACAUAUAUAUCUAGCUAGGGUUAAUGUUAUGAGUGAAAUAUUAAUUGGCUAGAUUUGCAAUUAAGUCGCAUAUAGAUCUUGAAGCUGAUCAGAAUCGCACCAUGAGUAGAGGUGAAAGUUCAGGUGGUGGACAGAGCUCGUUGGGGUACCUAUUUGGGUCAGAAGAGAAGCCAAAUCAGCCUCUGCCCACAAAGACAGCUCCAUUACCACCCUAUGGCAUUGACAUCGACAACGCCGCGCCCCCUCACGCUGUUGCUCCUUCUAACACCCAACUUGUUGUCUCAAAUAACCGAUCUCAAGGUCACCACUUGGGAAACAUUGUAACUGAUCGUCCGUCAACAAAAGUCAAAUCGGUACCUGGUGGUCAUUCAUCGCUUGGAUACUUGUUUGGAGAUAAGUGAUGUUUCUUUCUCCGACAUUCAUUGAUAUUGGUGUUAUUCUCUGACAAGGAGAAUCGAUACUGCUUAUUGUAACUAUAUAUAAUAUUUGUGUGACGUUUGAGUGAAUCACUUAUAGUUUGAUUUUAGAAUGAAAAAAGAAACCAAUAGAUAAAUCAAACAAGGGAUUAAGUUUUCCCUUUGUUGGAUUAGCAAGGAUCAGUUUAAAUCUAAAACCCAAAUUAAAUACAAGUGGAUAAUAUGCGGGUGAUAUGACUGAAAAAUAAACCAGUGGUGUGUGUGCUUUCUCUGGGACGUGGUUAAAUCAGUUUGAAUUGAAUGUUGAGAGUGUUGUUGUUAUUUUUUAGUUGUACGUACUUCAAACAAAUAAUACAAGUUAUCUAAUUUCAUUUCA